AAACAAUUUUUUGAUUAGCUUGCUAUAAUAUUUGUAUAAUAUCAGAAAAUAUGGAAUAUCCAUAGAAGUUGUAGCAUUUUUAAAACAACUCAAUUGCCUUUUUUAUUUGUGUAUGUCUUUUAAUAGGUCAAAAGUUUCCUGUUCCCAUUUCAAUUUUUGAGUUUUCAAUUAAUGAAAUGCUCCCAAAAAUAGGUGUAUUAUGUUUCUGUGCAUUAAUUCAUGUUAUCAAUAAAUGCCAGGAUAAUUGAAAGAAUACAGAUCAAUUGCUAUAGAAUGGCUGUAACAGUUCAACAACUUUUGAAUGAUGCUAAGCGUCUUGUUACGCGUCUUCGUGAACAUGACAGUGCAGCUGAUACAUUGAUAUCACAAUCUCAAUCAUUGAAUAAUAAUUUAGAAACAAUGAAACAGUACCAUGAGGAAGUUGAAAAGUUGAAUUCUUUGUCUCAUCAACGACCUCGUUCUGCUUUGAUUUUAAACAUUCAGCAGGAAAAUCGUCACAUAAGAGAAUUGCAACAGGAGAAUAGAGAAUUGCGUAUCAUGCUAGAAGAACAUCAAUCGGCCUUAGAACUUAUAAUGAAUAAGUAUAGACAGCAAGCAAAACGUAUGGCUGAGACUGCUAAAUAUGAAAAAGAGUGGAUACAAAGGGACUACACUCAGGAACUUCGUAAAAGGACUGAUAAAAUAUCUGAGAUGGCAGCUGUUAUGAAAAAAGCUAUCAGUAUUGAUGAUGAAAACCUAUCAAAAGAACAGCAAGUUGUUAGCCGCUUGGUGAAAGAGAAUAGUUUGCUGCGAGAUAUUUUAGAACUUCAGACUACUUUUAGAAGCCAAUCAGCUCAAAGUAGGGUUAAGUUAAAGACUGAUGAAAGUGUACAAACUGACUUAUGAUUGUGCAAUUUAUUAAAUGUAUUCAUUUAUGUGAUUAUGUUUAGUGAUAUAUAGAAUUAUAUUUAAUCGUUGUGAUAAAUGUAUUAUGAAAACCU